AUGGGCGACCGCAGCUUUGGCAUCUCUCCCAGUAUGCUUGAGCUUUAUGCCAAUGACAUUAAAACCGUAACUAACAUCGGCGUACAGGUGGCAGUAGUGAUUGGUGGUGGUAAUAUCUACCGUGGAAUGAAUGAAGCAGAAACCGGCAUCGAACGCGCCCAGGGCGACUAUAUGGGUAUGCUGGCAACGGUGAUCAAUGGCAUGGCAUUACAGGCAGCGCUCGAAAAAGCAGGUGUUAAGACUCGGCUGCAGAGUGCUAUUAAGAUGGAGCAGGUAGCAGAACCUUAUAUUCGCCGCCGCGCUAUGCGCCACCUUGAAAAAGGCCGCGUGGUGAUCUUCGGAGCAGGUACAGCCUUUGCCCUGACGGUACGCACGUUGUUCAACCAGAAAAAGCUAUCAGAGAUCAAAUCCGAUUUCAUCAAUAAUAUGACGCAUGAGCUAAAGACACCGCUGGCAACUAUUUCGCUGGCAGUUGAUGCGCUGAACAAUCAUAAAGUGAUCAAUGAUGAAGAGAAGAUACGCUACUACAGCGGCAUGAUACGCGAGGAAAACAAGCGGAUGAACAAACAGGUAGAAACCAUCUUACAGGCAGCCCGUAUCGAACGCCAGGAAAUAUCGCUGAACCUGCAGGAACUGAAUGCCCAUGAGAUCAUCCGCAAGGUAGCUGACAACCUGACCCUCCAGAUACAGGAACGGAAAGGCACGCUGAACCUGAAUCUUAAAGCCGCCAAACAUAAGAUCAUUGCUGAUGAUGUGCAUUUCUCCAACAUUAUCUUUAACCUGCUGGAUAAUGCGAUCAAAUAUUCGCGGGAAGACGCUCCGCUCCAGAUCAACCUGGAAACGGUGAACAAUGGCAGCAUGUUUGCCAUCCGUGUCCGGGACAAUGGUAUUGGGAUGAACAAAGAAACCCAGGCACGUGUAUUCGAAAAAUUCUACCGGGCACAUACCGGCAACCUGCACAAUGUGAAAGGCUUUGGUCUUGGCCUUAGUUAUGUAAAGGCAAUGGUUGAUGCGCAUCAUGGCCGCAUCAAGCUGGAAAGCACACUGGGCAAGGGAAGUAUGUUUAUUGUCUCCUUCCCGGCGAGUGUAUAA